AUGAAGGCUAUGGGCGUGCAGAGUGACAUGGAGAUCGUUCAAAUGGUGGGCAUUCAACGGAAGUACUUGGACACCUUGAUGAUCACAUUGCAAGAAUGCUACUUUGGCCUCAUGAUCCGCCGGGUGAUCAAUGCAAUGUACGACCCGCAGCUAGUGGAUGACCGGGAUUACUAUGGCAACAAGCGAUUGGAGCUCUCUGGUCAGCUGGUUGAAGUCCUUUUUGAGGAUCAAUUCAAGCAUAUGAACUCCGAGUUGCAAAAGCAAGCCGAUCUUCUUUUGUCCAAGUGGCAUCAGUCUGCAGCUGCACGGACGAAGGACAUGCUAUCGUAUCCGGACAUACUGGAGUCCUGGCAAGAUCGCUCACGCCUGACCAGGGCGAUGGCGAAUGCCAUCUCGACCGGAAAUUGGAACAUCAAGCGCUUCCGCAUUGACCGGGCUGGUGUGUCGCAGGUUCUAUCCAGGUUCUCCUACAUGUCCUGCGUUGGGUCCAUGAUGAGAGUGAAGUCGCAGUUUGAGAAAAGCCGCAAAGUGGCCGGGCCGCGUGCCUUGCAGCCAUCUCAAUGGGGCAUGCUAUGUCCUGCAGACACUCCUGAAGGUGAACAAUGCGGCCUGGUGAAGCAUUUGGCCUUGUUGACACAUGUCACCACAGGUGAAGGGCAAGGUGGCGCAAAUCUUCGGCAUAUGUGUUUCUGCCUGGGGGUGGAGGACGCACAUGCUUUGUCGGGUGAAGAGCUUCAUCACAUUGGCAAUUACUUGGUCUUCUUGAAUGGCAAUCUUCUAGGUGUGCACCGAAGGCCAAAAAGGUUUAUGGCCAGUUUGCAGCAGCUGAGACGGCGCGGUCUCAUUGGAGAGUUUGUUUCAAUCUACGAGGAUGAAGGGUGGCAUGCAAUCUUUGUGGCAUCGGAUGGGGGGCGUUUGUGCCGGCCGUUGAUCAUUGUCGCUGAUGGCAAACCCCGCUUUAUCCCGGAGAAACAUGUGCCACUGAUGUUGAAAAGGCCGAAGGAUGGCGGCAUGUCUUUCGUGGACUUCUUGCGUCAAGGUGUGGUUGAAUGGGUAGAUGUCAAUGAAGAGAACAACCUGUUCAUUGCACUGCACCCAAAUGACAUAACAGCAGAGACCACGCAUUUGGAGAUUGAGCCCUUCACUCUUCUAGGCGUGGUCUCCGGGCUCAUCCCAUAUCCCAACCACAAUCAGUCUCCUCGGAACACUUAUGAAUGUGCCAUGGGAAAGCAAGCGAUGGGUUGCAUUGCCAUGAACCAGUUCACCAGAUCUGAUACACUCCUACUUGGGCUGGUGUAUCCUGAGAAACCGCUAUGUACUAGCAAGACACUGAACCUUGUUGAUUUUCAUCAUUUGGGUGCUGGACAAAAUGCUUCAGUUGCGGUCAUGAGCUAUAGUGGUUAUGACAUCGAGGAUGCCAUCAUCAUGAACAAAGCUGCACUUGACCGCGGCUUUGGCAGGUGCUUUGUGAUGAGACGACAGAGUGUGCAAAUGGUGCCACACUCAGAUGGCCAAACAGAUCUACUUGCACCGCCGCAGAAGGGCGUCAUGAAGAGUGUCUCGGCCCCAGGCCGCAACAAGAAGCAGAGUGGCCUGGAUGAGGAUGGCAUGGUUCGACCCGCUGAGAAGGUCGAGGAUGGCUACUGCCUGGCUAACAAGAUAACCCCCGUCGACACCAAAGGCAUUCAAGAGCUCAUCGGCAACGAUGCAAGGUACAGAGCAACCCCUGUUACCUACAAGAACCCGGUCUCUUCAUAUAUUGAUCGCGUACUCUUGACCACCGACGCAGAGGGCAUGAAGGUGUACAAGAUCAUCACUCGCCAAACGCGUCGACCUGAGGUUGGUGACAAGUUUGCUUCCCGCCAUGGGCAGAAGGGAGUGGUGGGUCUGAUAGUGCCUGAAAUCGACCUGCCAUUUUCUGAAACUGGCUGGAGACCAGACUUGAUCAUGAAUCCGCAUGGCUUCCCAUCUAGGAUGACUGUUGGGAAGAUGUUGGAAUGCAUUGGUUCGAAGGCAGCUGUGAUGGAGGGGGCUUUUGCCAACGGCUCGGCUUUUGGUGGUACACCUGCACAUGAAAUCUACAGGACCUUGAUUAGCCAUGGCUUUGCGCCAACUGGAAAGGAUUAUUUAACAAGCGGCAUCACUGGUGAGCCUAUUGAGGCAUACAUUUUCUGUGGGCCAAUCUACUACCAGAAGCUGAAACACAUGGUGGUGGACAAGAUGCAUGCGAGGGCGCGCGGUCCACGAAUGCUCCUGACUCGCCAACCAACGGAAGGCAGGGCAAAGGAAGGUGGACUUCGGUUGGGCGAGAUGGAGCGAGACUGCCUGGUCGCAUAUGGCGCUUCAAACCUGCUGCUUGAACGUCUGAUGUUUUCCAGCGAUGUGUGCAACCCAAGCGUUUGCAGAAAAUGCGGCCUGUUCAGUCGUCCAGACUGGUGUAAACUUUGUGGCAGCGCUGAAUGGAUCACUCAAGUCCGCUUGCCAUAUGCGUGCAAGCUGCUGUUUCAGGAGAUGCAAUCCAUGAAUGUGUGCUGCAAGCUGCAGCUUGCUGAGCGUUGA